UUCCCUGCCGCUGGGUUCCCAGAGUGCUCCGCGGCCGUGUGGAGCGAGGCCUUGUUCCCGCGUUGAGCCGCCGCCGCCGCCGCCGCCUCCUCCUUAGCUUCAGCCUCCGCGCCAGGCCCGGCCCCGCCGCGCCAUGUCGGACUACAGCACGGGAGGACCCCCGCCCGGGCCGCCGCCCCCCACCGGGGGAGGUGGGGGAGCUGGGGGAGGCCCUCCGCCGGGCCCGCCGGGCGCGGGGGACCGGGGCGGCGGCGGCCCUGGUGGCGGCGGCCCGGGCGGGGGCUCUGCCGGGGGCCCCUCGCAGCCGCCCGGCGGGGGCGGUCCGGGCACCCGCAAAGACGCGUUUGCCGACGCCGUGCAGCGGGCCCGCCAGAUCGCAGCCAAAAUUGGAGGCGAUGCCGCCACAACCGUGAAUAACAGCACUCCUGAUUUUGGUUUUGGGGGCCAAAAGAGACAGUUGGAAGAUGGAGAUCAGCCAGAAAGUAAGAAGCUGGCUUCGCAGGGAGACUCGAUCAGUUCUCAGCUCGGACCCAUCCAUCCUCCCCCACGAACUUCGAUGACAGAAGAGUACAGGGUCCCGGAUGGAAUGGUUGGCUUAAUCAUUGGUAGAGGUGGUGAACAGAUUAACAAAAUCCAACAGGACUCGGGUUGUAAAGUCCAGAUCUCCCCAGACAGCGGUGGCCUGCCUGAGCGCAGUGUGUCCCUGACGGGAGCCCCAGAGUCCGUUCAGAAAGCAAAGAUGAUGCUGGACGACAUUGUAUCGCGGGGUCGAGGGGGCCCCCCUGGCCAGUUCCAUGACAACGCCAAUGGGGGCCAGAACGGCACCGUGCAGGAGAUCAUGAUUCCUGCAGGCAAGGCUGGCCUGGUCAUCGGCAAGGGUGGGGAGACCAUCAAGCAGCUGCAGGAGCGUGCCGGGGUGAAGAUGAUCUUAAUUCAGGACGGAUCCCAGAAUACAAAUGUGGACAAACCCCUGCGGAUCAUCGGGGACCCUUACAAAGUGCAGCAAGCCUGCGAGAUGGUGAUGGACAUCCUGCGGGAACGUGACCAGGGUGGUUUUGGGGACCGGAACGAGUAUGGAUCCCGGAUCGGUGGAGGCAUUGAUGUCCCCGUGCCCAGGCAUUCUGUCGGGGUAGUCAUUGGCCGGAGUGGUGAAAUGAUCAAGAAAAUCCAGAAUGACGCAGGGGUGCGAAUUCAGUUCAAGCAAGAUGAUGGCACAGGACCCGAGAAGAUUGCUCACAUCAUGGGUCCCCCGGACAGGUGUGAGCACGCAGCCCGGAUUAUCAACGACCUCCUGCAGAGCCUGAGGAGUGGUCCCCCAGGCCCUCCAGGAGGGCCGGGCAUGCCCCCAGGAGGCCGAGGCCGGGGCCGAGGCCAAGGCAGCUGGGGCCCCCCUGGCGGGGAGAUGACCUUCUCCAUCCCCACCCACAAGUGCGGGCUGGUCAUCGGCCGAGGGGGUGAGAACGUGAAAGCCAUAAACCAGCAGACGGGCGCUUUUGUGGAGAUCUCACGGCAGCUGCCACCCAACGGGGACCCCAACUUCAAACUGUUCAUCAUCCGGGGCUCACCCCAGCAGAUUGACCACGCCAAGCAGCUCAUCGAGGAGAAGAUUGAGGGUCCACUGUGCCCCGUCGGACCAGGACCAGGGGGACCAGGCCCUGCUGGUCCCAUGGGGCCCUUCAACCCUGGCCCUUUCAAUCAGGGGCCUCCAGGGGCCCCCCCACACGCCGGUGGCCCCCCUCCUCACCAGUACCCACCUCAGGGCUGGGGCAAUACCUAUCCCCAGUGGCAGCCGCCCGCUCCUCAUGACCCAAACAAAGCUGCCGCUGCCGCCGCAGACCCCAACGCCGCCUGGGCCGCCUACUACUCGCACUACUACCAGCAGCCCCCCGGCCCGGUGCCCGGCCCCGCCCCUGCCCCUGCGGCACCGCCCGCCCAGGGCGAGCCCCCGCAGCCGCCACCCGCCGGCCAGUCGGACUACACCAAGGCCUGGGAGGAGUACUACAAGAAGAUCGGCCAGCAGCCGCAGCAGCCAGGCGCGCCCCCGCAGCAGGACUACACCAAGGCCUGGGAGGAGUACUACAAAAAGCAAGCGCAAGUGGCCACUGGAGGGGGCCCAGGCGCGCCCCCUGGCUCCCAGCCCGACUACAGCGCCGCCUGGGCCGAGUAUUACCGGCAGCAGGCCGCCUACUACGGACAGACCCCCGGGCCCGGCGGCCCGCAGCCGCCGCCCGCCCAGCAGGGACAGCAGCAGGCAAGUGGGAACUGCCACCCUCCUCCUCCUCCUUUCUCCUUCCAACCCCCGGCCACCGUGCACCCUGCCUUAGUGGGGAGCGCCGGAAACCCCUUCCCCUGCGGGGUGUGCCCUUGAUGCCGCCCCGCGGGGCCGCCGCCGAGGUCUCUGAGUGCCCAGCCCCGCCGCCACCGCCGGGAGCGCCCGGGGCGGAGGGCACCGGAGGAGGCCGCCCGCCCCGCCCGCCUCUUGUUCCUGUGUCCGCUGCCAUGAUGCUGGGGAGCACCGCCACGGAGGGACUGUGUGCUGGUGGGUAGGAGCCGGCCGCACCCAGGGCCAGGCGCCACCACGCUGCGCCCCCGGAAGUGACGUCCAUCCAUCCUCCCCACCGCGCCACUCUGGUUUUCGUUCUUCUGAUUCUCUCACUUCUCAAAGCCACGACCUCACCCGGUGUCCGAGUGACUGCGUCGUAGGGGGCCCGGCCCGGCCCAGCGAGUGAGCUGGGACCCCAGGGUCCCCGGGCCCCCACCCGCCGCCGCUCUCCGCCCGCUGCCCGCGCCGCCUCUGUGUCCUGGUCCUGUCUGUGAAGGGGGCACGACGAUCGCUGCCACCUUCCAACCUACCUCACAGGGGUGUUGUGGGGACACCGUGAUCUCUGAAUGUUGGUGUGACGCCGGGAGCCGCCCACCUGCCGCCCUUCCCCAGACAGAGGGCACCCCUCGCCAUCCGCGCCCCCCCCUCCCCCCCCCCCCGUCCCCUGUCGCCUCUGCCUCUCUCUGCUCAGCCCCAAGUCCAGCGCAGGGCGCCGGGCCGAGCCAAGGCCCGGCCCCGCCGUCCCCUGCCCUCCCAUCCCAGAGUGACCGAUUCCUCUCUCCCUCUCCGCAGGCUCAGUGAAUCGAAUGAAUGUGAAUUCUUCAUCUGUGAAAAGUCUUUACUUUGUUUUUCUCCUCCAUUUGUUCUGUCGAGGGCUUUCUGGGUUGGCUGUCCAGGAAGUGGUCCAGGGGAGGGUGACGGCCGCCAGGGGCCCGAGGUGGCGGCUCGGCCUGGCCCUCACCCUCCCACCUUCCCUUCCCAGUGCGGGCUCCACGCUGAGCCAGCCUUAGAAGAGCUGAGAAUUAGAUCUGUGCCCAGCCUCUGCAGCUUCCCAAAAGCCAGCCGAGCAGGCUAUAAACUGAUAGAGAGAGGUGUCCGUCCCCAGCCCUGGCAGCGCCCGGGCAGGACCCCGUGUCCGCCCGCCCCAGCCGCCUUCGUUUUUAAAAUAAACUUCGAAAAGGAAAAACGUAACUCUUGCUACAUUUUUUUCUGUUUUUGGUUUUGCCUUUCUCGCUCUCCUGUCCUUCCUCUCUCCCUGCGCUGGGCCCAGAACAUUCCUAGGACCAGGUGUCGGUGUGCAGGGUCCCCGCUGCUCCCCCAGCUCCCCUCCCCUCCCAGGACUGAUCUGGUCUUUAAUCUUUUCAUCUGUUCAAGACAAGAUUGAAACUGAAACAAUGAGAACAAAAAAUUGUACGGCAGUUUUUACUUUUUAUCGCUCGUUUUUAACUUCACAAAAUAAAUGAUCACAAAACCUCCCGUGUCUGCUGGGUGCCGUCCGUCUGUCUGUCCUGCCCCGCCCCGUCCCGUAGAGUUUUGAAGCAGAUGUUUGUUCUUUAUAGAUGUUGUUUAAAAAGAAAAAGCCUGGUAAUGGUGAUUGGAAAUUACUUGCUUUGUGUUGUUUUUGUUUUUGUUUUUCUAAGAAAACAAAUAUAAAAUAGUUUUCUGCA